ACGAACAUAUUUUGACAGAGCACAAGCCCAACCAAAGCGACACGGCGGAACAGACUCGUCAUAAAGACGUGAACUGACAGUAGGAACUGUAAACUUCACCUCGAAAAGAGAUGUUUUAACGUCACAGUGUCUGUAAACAAUGUAAACUUCUGUUGUUUAGUACAAAUGCUCGGCGCGUAUCAGUUUUUUUACGGCCUAACCGUUUAAGCUAAUUCCGCCGUGAACGUGUGUCGCCUCUGUAUUUGUAAACGUCACUUUGGUGAAGAUGAACCUCAACAUGCAACAGGAUUAAAGGGAGAGUUCACCCAAAACUCAGUGAACUUAAAUCUUCUAAACACCAGUGAAGGUCCGAAAGGUAACGGUUGCCAUUAGAUGGACUCACUCAACCCAAACACUGAGGUCCGUCUGAAGGUGGCCCAGUGUUUGCGGACACUCACCGCGUGCACCCAUGACGAGGACAUUGCUGCUGCUCUUCACACACUCCACUCUUACGUGGACGAGGGACCAGAGAGUUUUACCACCUCAGUGCAGCGGGCCGAGUUCAGGAGAGCUCACUACACCCGCGCCCUUCAGUGUCUCGUCAGCAACGUCCAGGCGGACUGGCUGCGCCGCCUCGCAGCGGCCCAGCGCAUAGAGUUAUGGGACGGCCUGUUUCUCCACGGCCCUCCGGAGCAGGCUCUGCUGGUGCUGAUGGAGGGAAUAGGAUCGCUGAGACCCAGCACGAAUCUGGACCACCUGGUCAGCAUCACCGAGAGGUUCCUCCAGAGCGGUCGCCUUGCCGAUCUGCUGUGGUCCUACUGUCUCGAGACGGCUCCCUCGGAUUCCCCCCAGCUCCGGGAGACUCUGCUGGGGCGUAUAGUGGCACUGCCGGACCUCACCGCCAACAGGUUGCAUCCCCACAACAAGCCCCUCUUUCUUCCUCGGCAGUACUACCCGCUACUUGCCUCAGAGAUGCUCACUGCCCUGGAGCGAACCUGCCAGGCCCUCAAAGAUGGCUCAGACUGCUCCUUGACGUUUGUGGCUCAGACACUAGGAAAAGUGUGUAUCCAGGGGCAUAGUGAUGUGGUCCUGGCAGUCCUGGCUCCUCGGCUGUCUGCCUGCACACACUCAGACAUGGUGUGGCGGAGGGUUUGCUGGAAGCUGCUGGAGAACGUUCCACAGCGUUGGAUAGAGAGCGUGCUCAAUGGACUGGUGCAGGCCGUCAGUGGGCCUGAUGCCUUCGGGCGGAUUAUUGGGAAUCUUGUGUUAACGAAUAAAAAGGCCCAGUUCGUCAUCACUCAUAAACUGCUGUUACUACACUAUAAAUAUAAGACUCAAGUCUUGAGAAUUGUUCUGGGUUACCUUGCAGCAGACAGAGAGCGAAGGCCACUUCUCAUACAGGUGUUACGGUCUGUGUCCCAGGCCUGGGCUAACCCCAGUGCAGUGAAACACACACCGCUUGAGCAGCAGUUGUACGUUACCAAGGCCUUACUGCUGAGUGUGAAUCUGCUGACAGACUCUGAGCUACAGGAGCUACGCUCAGAGCUGCUGCAGUGUUUGCUGGGUGGCAUGCAGAGCCACCUCGACAGCAAUGUGGUGCAAAUCAGGCGUGUGGGCAUGGUGGUGGGAGAGUGCCUGAGCACUCGCAUGGAUAUCAGUGGAACCAAGCUCAAAUUUGAGUAUGAACAGGACGAGGACACUCGGGAGCUGCUUUCUCUUAUGACUCCGGCCGUCACCAGUGAUGAACCUGUAAACGGAGAUGAUUCUCUUCAAGAGACGAGAGAAGUGACUCCUACUCCUCAGAAGGCAUCAUCUGAAAAUAAAACAGGACCUCGGUCAUCAAAAACUGAUCCAGACUCUGACCUGGAUAGUGAUGAUGAGCUGACUCCGUACGAUAUGUCUGGAGAUCAGGAGAUCAGUCAAGCAUCGCCGCCUCGCUACCUACGAGACUGUCUGGAAACUUUGAUAUCGUCCGAGGACCCGGCGCGUGUGGAGCUCAGUUUGAGAGUUGCCGAGAGCCUGGUGAGGAAGAACGCCUUUGCAACCAGAGAGAUCAGUGUCCAGCUGACCAAAGUGCUUCUUCACAUGGAGGAUAAAUACAGCAUAAAUGGCUUCCUGAGCCUCAGACAGGCAACUAUGGUGGCUCUCGCUGCCACGGACUGUAUCCCUGUGACUCAGUAUUUGACCACAGAGUUUUAUUCCUUGAACUACAGUCUUCGCCAGCGACUGGAUAUCUUGGAGGUUCUUGCUCUGGCUGCUCAGGAGCUCUCCAAGCCAAUCACUGAGAAGAGAGAUCCCUCAGUAGGCACCGCUGCGAACACUGAUUUGACUCUGUACCCUGGUGACAACCCUGUGCACUGGCGACAAGUAGUAGAGAAGCGGAUUCAAAGCAACACCAAGCGCCUCCGUAGGGGUGCCACACAACCUCUCGCUAAGGCCACACCCAACCGUUAUGCACCCGUAGCUGGACACUUCUUUUUUCCACUGCUCAGGAAUUAUGACAGGCCUCAACUGACCUUUGACCUGUUGGGCGGUGACCACCUGGUAUUGGGAAGAUUGAUCCACACCUUGGGCCUCUUCAUGCAUCUGGCAGUCAAUGCACCGAUAGCUGCACAGAUGGGUCGUGCUUUGCUCGACUUUGUUUGGGCAGUGCGUUACCAUGCUGACCAGAUGGUGAGACGAGGCGUCCUCUUCGCUGUCUGCUCCGUGUUUCUUAGCAUGCCCAGUCAAAACCUGCUGCUGGACUUCAGUGAUCAGCUGUUUGAGACCAGAACAUGGCUGGCAGAUGUGGCUGAAGGAGACCCUGAUGCAGAUUGCCGCAGUCUGGCUAUACAGAGUCUGGUGCUGCUGGAUAAGAGCCUGAAGAAACAGCUACAAGAUCCACAAGCACUAAGUCCGGAAUCAUGAUCACACCAUCAAGAAAGUACUGUAUGGACAGUAUUUGUGUUGUGGGUGGGCUUCACUCUUCCUCCACCUCAGCACCAGUGCUCACAGAGCCUGGAAGAUAGCGUAUGGAGGUUGAUGGAAAGGACGUUCCAGAUAUUCGCUGGCAGAGUAAUGGCACUGAUUGAUGUCCUCAAAGCUGAAGAGCUGCUUGUUGCAGGUGCUGUAGAACGAUUUGCACAUCCUGUAACACACGGUCGACCAGAGGAAAGGAAGGGCACGUGUUUGUAUACACACACAUUUCAGUGUUCUUUUUUUUAAAUGAACAUUUUGUGUUUAAUUUAUGAACCACAUGAAAUAUUGAUUGAAUGGAGAAUAGGAUGCAAUUUUUGUCCACCAAUAAAAUGCUCGCUGUGAGGAUA